AUUUUUUAUAUAUUUGAACGCAUUUAAAUUAUUAAACAUAAAUAGUAUUUUUUUAAAACAAAUUAAAUUGUAAAGGUUUUUCGUACGGUCUCACUGCUGACUCAAAAACACAAGUUCUUAGGGUUUGCGAAUUUUUUGUAAAAACUGAAUUAAAAUGGACAUUUUUGAGAGCUUCUGCCGAACCUGUGGCAACGAGUGCAUGGAGUCAUUGAACAUCUUCGAUGAAAGCACCAGAACAAUGGACAAACUGGUUCGAAUUUCCGAUUUGAUGGCCUCUUGCUUACCUCCCAGUUUGCCGCCUCUGGAUCCCGCAGAUGAUUAUCCCAAGCAAAUAUGUCGCAUUUGCCUAAAGAAGCUAACACUGGCCUACGAAUUCCAUCAUCAGUGGCUCAGAGCCCACAGCGAGUUCAAUGUGGCACUGAAAUUUGAGCAGCGCAGGAAACGCAGCAUUGCUAACAAAACAAAGCCAUCAAAAACAGAGGAGCCACCACAAAUACCCACAGAGCUCGUCGAGGAGGCUUCGCCGGAAGUAACAGAUGCCGAUUGGAUGGGUUCCCUGACUGAAGUAGCUACUGCUCCUGUUCAAGAGCAGCAAGUCAAAAGUACUAGUGGUUUCGACAGACUCAGUUUUAAGUGCAGCGUUUGCAGUGAACGUUUUCACACUGAAAAAGCCUGCAGAUUUCAUUACAAAUUCUCACACAAGGCUCAAGAAUAAGCAUUCUUUCAAAGAAAUCUCCAUUAGUCCAUAUUGCGUCUAUAAAGCUUUCAACAGCAGGAAUUGUCAAUAAACGGGUGCUUUUUAUAAGACCAAAGCUAUC